GGUAUAUAAAGUCUGUGUUUCCAUCUCUGAGACAUCCUGUGACCAGAAACUGCUGCUGGAACAGACUCUUCAACUAACCAUCAAAACAAGAUGGCUGCCGGUCUUGUCUUCACUCUGCUUCUUGGUCUGAGCUUUGGACUCUGGGAUGGAGCUGAUGCAUGUCAACUGAAAGAAAUUACAGAGGUUGACUGUCCUCCAGGUUGGACUUGGUUCCAGCGUCGCUGUUUCCUGUAUGUGAAUGAUCAAAAGUCCUGGGCUUCAGCAGAGAAUGACUGCCUCUCAAAGAAUGGAAAUCUGGCCACAUUCCACACUUCAGAUGAGUACUACUUCCUCAAAAACCUUGCCUACGCGACAACUGGCAAUUACACAAGAAGUUGGAUUGGAGCUCAUAGUACAUCAAUUGACGGUACCUGGUUUUGGAGUGACGGUUCCAAGUUUGUGUUUUAUUCCUGGACCCGAAAUGUCGCAGCCGAAGGGAAAAAAUGCAUGGACAUCAAUGUAGAAGGACAGUCACUUUUGUUUGGUGCUAAAUGUAACACGAAGCUUCCCUACAUCUGUACCAGAGUCCCAUAACUUUUCUCUUCUAAUGCCUAAUAAUCUGAAAUGACCAUAUGGCUUUCCUGCUGGUGAUGUCACUUCCACCUGGAUGUCAAGCCUCGAUGACAUCACUGCUGGAAGAACUUGAUUUCACUUCAUUUGAUCACUUAAAUAAAUGUUUUCUUUCUCUGAAA